AAACUUAAACCCCCCACCUCCCCAAGUCCAAACAAAGCUUAGACUACAAACUACAUUACUCUAUCUCCACCUGUAAGACCGUUGCAAAGUCUCUUUGCACACACGCCCCCUUGUCCUUUGUUUCUCUCCUCCCAACCACUUCUCCUCGGAGAACACAAGAGACCUAGGAGCUUGCUGGGGAUGAUGGUCAUGAAGAAGAAAGCUUGCAUGGCUUUUCUCAUCAGAAAGCUCUUACCUUUUGUUUUGGUAUUGGCUGUUCUUGAGAAUCAUCAGGUGGGUGCGAGGUUUGUGGUGGAGAAGGGUAGUAUUACUGUUUUAUCUCCAUUGGAUAUGCGUUCAAAGAAAGAUGGUGCCAUAGGGAACUUUGGAGUUCCUGAUUAUGGAGCCUCCAUGUUGGGCUCUGUGCUUUAUCCUGAUAAAGGUUCUAAUGGGUGUGCGGCUUUUGAGGGUGAUAAGCCUUUCAAGUCCAAGUUCCCUCGUCCUACUAUUCUUCUUCUUGAUCGUGGAGAGUGCUACUUUGCCUUGAAAGUAUGGAAUGGCCAACAGGCUGGAGCUGCUGCUGUUUUAGUGGCGGAUAGCAUUGAUGAGCCUCUAAUUACUAUGGAUUCUCCAGAGGAGAGCACUGAUUCAGAUGGGUAUGUAGAGAAGAUUGGAAUUCCAUCAGCUUUAAUAGAGAAGUCUUUUGGUGAUAGUUUGAAACAAGCUCUGGAAAAAAAAGAGGAUGUUGUCAUUAGACUAGACUGGAGAGAAUCUGUGCCCCACCCUGAUCAGAGAGUUGAGUAUGAGUUUUGGACGAAUAGUAAUGAUGAAUGUGGGAUCCGCUGCGACGAGCAGAUGAAUUUUGUGAAGAGUUUCAAGGGUCAUGCUCAGAUUCUUGAGAGGGGGGGUUACACCCAGUUCACCCCACAUUAUAUAACUUGGUACUGCCCGCAGGCUUUUAUCCUUAGCAAUCAGUGCAAAUCCCAAUGCAUAAACAAUGGAAGAUAUUGUGCACCAGAUCCGGAUCGGGAGUUUGGAGUGGGUUAUGAAGGGAAGGAUGUGGUGUUAGAGAACUUGAGGCAGCUCUGUGUGCAUAGAGUUGCCAAUGUGAGCAACCGGUCAUGGGUUUGGUGGGAUUAUGUGACUGAUUUCCAUAUUAGGUGUUCCAUGAAGGAGAAGAAAUAUGAUAAAAAAUGUGCUGAGGAUGUCUUGAAAUCACUUAGUAAGUACUACUCUAUGGUGUUUCUCUUUGGUACAUUCUAUUCAAAUUCUGUUUCUAAUGGCAAUAAUCCAAUUGAAUCAGAUCUGCCCAUCGAUGAUAUUGAAAAAUGCAUGGGUGACCCUAAAGCUGAUGUGGAGAAUGAAGUGCUCAAAACUGAGCAACUACUUCAGGUUGGACGAGGAUCUCGUGGUGACGUUACCAUCUUGCCAACAUUGGUCAUUAACAACAUUCAAUAUCGAGGAAAAUUGGAUAGAACUGCUGUGCUGAAGGCCAUAUGUGCUGGAUUUAAGGAAACCUCUGAUCCUCCGAUUUGUUUAAGUGGAGAUAUUGAGACUAAUGAGUGCGCUGAACACAACGGUGGCUGUUGGCAGGAUUUACAAUCUAAUAUAACUGCAUGCAAGGACACAUUUAGAGGAAGAGUUUGUGAGUGCCCUGCAGUAAAAGGUGUUCAGUAUAGAGGAGAUGGUUAUACAUCUUGUGUAGCUUAUGGAUCUGCAAGGUGCUCAAUAAAUAAUGGAGGGUGCUGGUCAGAAACCAGAGAUGAAGUAACUUUCUCAGCUUGCUCAGAAUCUUUGCUAUCUGGCUGUAGCUGCCCAAAUGGCUUUCGCGGGAAUGGUCAGAAAUGCGAAGAUAUCAACGAAUGCAAGGAUCAUCUUGCUUGUCAGUGUGAUGGUUGCAGCUGUAAAAACACUUGGGGUAGUUAUGAAUGCAAGUGUAAGGGGAACCUUUUGUAUAUAAAGGAGCAAGAUGCUUGUAUUGAAAGAAAUGGAUCGAGAUUCAGCUGGUUCUUAACCUUCUUGAUUCUAGCAGCCGUGGCGGGAGCUGGUAUAGCUGGUUAUAUAUUCUACAAAUACAGGCUCCGGUCUUACAUGGACUCGGAGAUCAUGGCUAUCAUGUCACAAUACAUGCCGCUCGACAACAACCACAACAAUCGAGUCCAAACUGAAGCCGAACCUUUACGACAAGGCUCAGUAUAAG